AAACAACUGUGAACAGUUAUAAAUGUGUAUCGUCAAUAAACUCGCAAAUAAAAUAUAACCGGUUGUAGUUCUGAAUAAUCAGAAUGGUUUAAAUGAAAACAGUGAAUGAAAAAUAAUUUAGUAUCGUUUUAGCCUUCCACGCAGAUAUAUUAAUAUGGAAAUCGGUCUUAGAAGUUUUUUGAUUAUUUCACUUGUUGGAUUUAGUUUGUAUUCGUGCCUUGAACCAACUUAUUAUGAUACUUACACUGGAUAUGUUUUGUCGUUAGAAGAAGUCAAAGGCCACAUUAAAAGAAAUAGUUCAGAAUGGUGUGUGAGUGAAGUGUUACCAUGUAACCCACAAGAGACAAGGCGACUGGAUGGAACCUGUAACAACCUCAAGCACCCCAACAGAGGAGCCUCGCACACCCCGACAUAUAGGCUGCUACCAGCCCAUUAUGAUAAGGAUUUUGAGCCAAGAAAAUCCAAGAGCGGUAAACCUCUGCCGCUAUGUAGGAAAAUCCGUACGUCAAUGUUAGCCGAGGGGAGAGUCCCUGACACCGAAUUGACACAGCUAUUGUUGCAUUUCUGGGUAUUUGUUUCGUCUGACGUGUUAUCAUUGCAUGAUACAGUAAACUACAUUUUAUGGAAACCAUAUUGCUGUCAAGAGAGAGGGAAGACAGACAAGGGUUGUAUUCCGAACAUAAUCCCUGAAGAUGAUCCUGUUCAUCGCUUCUCUUCUAUCCGCUGCAUGAACUUAACAAGACCUUGGAGUUACCAAUCUACAGGAUGUUAUAGAAAUGACACUACCCCAGAAAGAAUAAUAACAGCUAGUCCCGCAUACGAUUUAUCUCACGUGUAUGGUCUCUCUUUAAAAUUAAUAAAUGAAAAGCACAGAAGUUUUAAAAAUGGUAUGCUCAAGUUUGAAGUUGAAAAUAAUAUGAUAUGGCCCCCAAGCACAAAGACUCCAGUCAACCUAUGUCUUCUUAAUCAAAAACCGAAGGAAACUCGUUGUCAUGAUACUCCUGAAUCGGGUUCCAAUAGUGUACUGGGUCUUAAUCUUUUUGUCAUCUGGACUUGGCGUUUUCACAAUUUCGUGGCAUCAGAACUAUCAAGAAUCAAUCCUUGCUGGUCUGAUGACAGACUCUUCUUCACAGCCAGAGAUAUCGUCAUUGCUUACUAUAUGCAGAUGUUCUAUUAUGAAUUGUCACCGACACUGUUGGGUUACGAAAAUCUUCUUCGAGACGGAGUUCUUUCACCUUUCAAAGACUUUAGAGAUUUUUACAAGGAGGAUCUCUUGCCACAAAUAUCUAUAGAAUAUCCUGUGGUUCUUAGAUGGGCUCACACUAUAACUGAGGGAGUACUAAAAAUGUACGACGCAAAAGGAAAUUAUUUGAACGAGACAAAGAUCGUCGAUUUAACAUUAAGAACGGGAUAUUUAGUUGAAAAUUUAGAAUUCAUCACACAUGGUGCAUACAGGCAGCCGGCUGCUAAGAAUGAUGGAAUUGUCGAUCCAGAUAUUUCAGAAAAAGGUCUCGGGCCUCAUCAAAGAGCAUCCGAUUUACCAACAAGUGAUAUGUGCAAGAAUCGUUACUUUGGGUUGGCACCUUAUAUUAAGUAUAGAAAACUGUGCUCGGGAGUAGAUUACCGGAGUUUUGAUGAUUUAAUAGAAGUCAUGGAUCCAGAAAGGAUAGAGAUUCUAAAGGAAUUGUAUGAACACGUUGAAGACAUAGAUUUAAUGGCUGGAAUAUAUUCAGAGAGGUAUGUUCAAGGAGGUCAUGUUCCCCUCACCCUGUACUGUGUCGUCGUAGAACAGAUGAUGAGGACGAUGAUGUCUGACAGACAUUGGUACGAGAGACCGAAUAGACCGAACGCGUUUACCAGAAAUCAGCUGUUACAGAUUAGAAAGGCAUCUGUAGCUCAGAUGCUAUGUUUGGUUGGAGAUGGAGUGACACAUAUACAGCCUCAUGCUUUCUCUAUGCCAGGGCCCGGGAAUGAGAUGUGUAGCUGUAAAAUGAUCGAGAAAAUCAAUUUUUGGGCUUGGAAAGAUACAAGUUGUGGAUUAAGCAACGCAUAACUUAUAUGGGAUGUUUAGUCUAUGUUAGCAUUUUUUUAAUUUUGAUUUAUAUACGUUCUUCGAAAUCAAAUUUAAAAAGUAUAUACUUUAUUUUGGACAUCUUUUAUGAAAUCAGUGCAAAAAUAUAAGAUUUUAACAGAAUAGAAAAUAUCUGUCUUUUUUUGUAUACAAAAUAGUUUAACAAGAAGUUCAAAGCUAUUUUACAUUUAAAUUAGUAUCUUUAAGAGAUAAUUGGAAGCUGUAUUAAUUUCUUCGUGCUGAUAGGGAUCAUUCCCUUCGUUCGAGUGGAAAAUUGGCAGAGAACUCAUUAAAGGUGGAAUUGUAAAAGUCGUUCCAAUGUAUUUAUUCUGUUUAUAUAAAAGUUAUUUAUCGAUCCAUUAAAAUUUCAAGAGUAUUUGGUUGUAUUCUAGAAACAACAAGUAUUAAAUAUUUUUGCCUAUUCUUCAUGUCAAUAUCAUAAUUGUGAAUAAAUUGUAAAAUAUGUACUUCUACAUAAUUACGGAUAUAAUGGAAAGGAUAAACUUUUAUUAUGUUGCUUUGAUAUACAGU